AUGAAUACAAACUUAUUAUUUAUACCAUUAAAACAAUCUAGUGUAUUGGAUUUAGGUGAAGAGUUGAGACAAGUUAUCAACAACCACUAUUUUCAACCAGCAUCUUCUUUCAAUUCUGAUUUAGUUUACAUAACUGAUUUGCGUAAUCAAGUUGCCCAAAUCAAGAACAUUAAUAAUGAACUUGGGAAAACUAGUCAAGAUGAUUCAAUUUUAUUACAAUAUUUGCAAGUUUUAGGCAAUUUACAAAAAAAGUUUUCUGACGAUUGUAUUGAAUUUGCUUGGUUUGACACUUUGACUUAUGGUCCCCGUGGACCUUACCGAUACCGUUCAUUAAAAAUUGAGAAACUUAAUGUGAUCUUUCAAAUUGGGUGCUUGUAUUCUCAAGUAGCUAUUUCAGAACUGAGACAUACUGAUAUAGGGCUCAAAAGAGCUUGUCGUUAUUUUCAAUUAUCGGCAGGGUGUUUUAUGUCUAUUAAUAAGUUUUUGAUUCUGAUGACAGCAAAUACAAACAAUCCAUUGAUAUUACUGAUCCCUCCUAGUAUGGAAUCGUCUACUGUGCAAUGCCUAGAAUAUUUAAUGUUGGCACAGGCACAGGAAACAAUUUGGCAAAAGGCUAUUAAUAGCGACUCCAUGAAAGAUUCUGUUGUUGCAAGACUAUCUAUCCAAGCUUCUGAAUAUUACUCAAAAGCUUUAGAUUAUGGUAACUCAUCAGAUCUCAUUAAAUUGGAAUGGAUCAAUCACAUAAAAGUGAAAAAAUUUCAUUUUUUGGCAGCAGCCCAUUUAAGAUCGAGCACUAUUGCAGCUGAUGCAUUUCAAUAUGGAGAACAAGUGGCUCAUUUACGUGUGGCAUCUCAGGCUGUCGAUAAAGCAUUGAAAAGUAAAAAAUAUGUUAGCAAUUUAGUAUUGGAAGACUUGCAGGGCCUAGCAGACGUCAUAAAGGUCAGACUAAGGACAGCUGAAAAAGAUAAUGAUUUGGUGUAUUUAAAAAUAGUGCCUCAAGAGAAGGAAUUGAAACCUAUUAUUGGUGUCUCAAUGGUAAAGUCAAUUGUUCCAGAAGAGUUUGAAAAGCCAGAAUCAAAUAUUGAGAUAUUUAAAGAGCUUUUGCCAUAUGUAAUUAUACAUGUUGCCCAAGCAAUGAGAGAAAGACAGGAUGAAUAUAUACAAACAAAGAUUGUUACCCCUAUUCAGGGUUUAAAUAAUAUGCUUGUCAAAUUUCUAAUAGAACGCGAUUUACCUGCUUCGAUCGAUUCAAUUCAACAACCCGAGAAUAUUCCUGAUUCCGUGGUCCGUCAUUCCCAGGAGAUCUUGAAGAUUGGUGGCAUUGAUUUUAUUGAGAAAGCUUUCAAAGAGUUGGACAAAUUAAAAAUUGAAUGUAAUCAUUUGUUGCAAGAGUGUCAAACACGAAUCGAAUUGGACAGGAGUGAAGAUGAAAUGCUUAGAAGAAAGCAAGGUUCUGAAAGAUGGAGCCGCGAAUCGACUAACGAUGCAGCACAAGAGUUAAUUGAAAAAAUAGAUAAAAUGAAACAAUAUUUGCAACAAGCCAACAACGGAGAUAGUUUUGUUUUAGAAAAAUUUCAUGAUAUCAAACCGGCAUUGGAGGUCUAUUCCAGUGGAUACAGGGCUUUGUCGCAGUAUAUCCCAAGUUCUCAAUAUAUUGAAUUGCCCGAUCGAUUACUGAUAGUGAUUAGUGAUUUAAGAAAUUGUUUAGCCAAGGCAGAUAUUCUUGAAUCUGAAAGAAAAGAGUUUUUACAAAAUGUGGAACUCAAGGGUAGGGACAAUAACAUAUUACCAAAACUAAUAUCUGAGUACAACUCGAAUCGUUCCAAAUAUCAAACUGCAAAUGGUGAAUUUAAUUUGAAUGCAUUUGAAAAUGUCUAUGAGAAACAUAUGAAAUUGUUUGAUUCGGACAUUAGGUAUAUUGCAACAACAAGAAACUUGCAGAUGACUAUAGAACAUGAAAUCGAUUUAAUUAACCAAAACUUUGUCCAGGAAUUUAAAUUGUUGCAGAAUUCUUCUAAUGAUAAACGUCAGAAAGUACUUCAGUAUUUGGAAACGGCUUAUGAGAAAUUUUUGGAAAUCAUCAACAAUUUAACAGAGGGAUCUAAAUUUUACACUGAUUUUAUUGAGAAAGGAGGUGCAGUUUUGCAAGAGUGUGAAGAAUAUUUGUAUAGGCGAAGAGUUGAGAGUCGAGACUUAGAAUUGGCCAUUAAUAACUCGUUUCAGCAACAGCAAGCACAAACACAAAAUGAACAAAUGAGUGUUCCUAAAAGCUAUAACAAUGAUAAGUUGGUAUCACCUAAAACAAGUAAACCUGGUUUAUGGAACCCCAACUCUGACAUUCGAUUUAGUUAG